AUGCCCAUUAAAGGUUUGAAUGAGUUACCAUUUUGCCAGCCUGGAGGUUGGAGGCUGUCCAGGGAUAGGAAAGUACCAACCUUUUUCACCGUUGUGCUGACAGAUAUCGAUUCAGACCGACAUUACUGCUCCUGCCUCACUUUCUAUGAGGCUGAGGUAAAUCUGCAGGGAUCAAAGAGUAUUGCGGCUGAUGAAGAUGAGGAGGCAGAAGAGGAUGGCCUGAUCCAGCCAGCUCAAGUGUUUGCACCAAAAAGUCUCAUUCUCGUGUCCAGGCUGGAUUACCCUGAAAUUUUCCGGGGGUGCUUGGGUCUGGUCUAUACAGUGCACAUCGAUAGGCUGAGUUUCCCUUUAGAGGGUCUGGUGGCGAACCUCUUUACGUUCCAGGUUCCUGUUGCUGGUGGAUCCCAGAAGCUGUUUAGCCUGGGAGCAGGAGACCGGCAGCUCAUCCAGACGCCUCUGAACGACACAUUGCCUGUCACAUGCAAAAGUGUUGCUCUGCUCUUCCAGCAGCUGGGAAUCCAAAAUGUCCUAAGCCUGUUUUGUGCGGUUCUGACAGAACACAAGGUUUUGUUCCACUCCACUAGUUACCAGAGGCUCGAAGAGGCAUGUCGCGCCCUGGAAGCCCUCAUGUUUCCCCUUAAAUACAGUUAUCCAUACAUCCCUAUUCUGCCUUCGCGGCUGCUGGAGGUGUUGAGCUCACCCACUCCUUUCAUCAUCGGAGUGCACUCCAUGUUUCAGAGUGAAAUCCAGGAUCUGUUGGAUGUUAUUAUUGCUGACCUGGAUGGAGGAACAAUAAAGAUUCCUGAGUGUAUCCACUUGUCCGUGCUCCCCGAACCUGUACUACACCAAACACAGACGGCCCUGUCCCUGGUUUUGCACCCUGAUCUGGAGAUAGCAGACAAUGCGUUCCCUCCGCCACGCACAGCAUCCUCCAACCUCAAGUUGUUGGACAAGGAGGUGAGGGCGGUCUUUCUCAGGCUGUUUGCACAACUCUUUCAGGGUUACAGGUCUUGCCUGCAGCUCAUCCGCAUCCAUUCUGAACCUGUUAUUCACUUUCACAAGACUGCCUUCCUGGGCCAGCGAGGCCUCAUUGAAAAUGAUUUUCUGACCAAGGUUUUGGAUGGCAUGGCCUUCGCUGGCUUUGUCUCGGAGAGAGGUCCGCCUUACCGAGCCUGCGAUCUCUUUGAUGAGCUGGUGGCCUUAGACAUUGACAGCUUUAAGGAAGAAGAGGUCACCCCUGCCAAGCUGCAGAAGCACAUCAGGGAACUGUCUGAGCAGCUUUACAGAAAUGAGAACCCAAACCCGCACAUGGCAUUCCAGAAAGUGCCUCGACCCUCUGAGGGAUCCCACCUGCGGGUGCACCAGGUACCCUUCCCCCUGUUGGAUGACGAAAAGGUAGAGAAGAUGCUGCAAGAGGGUGUGGCAAAACACAGCACUGCACCUCCAUCUACACGACCUGAGAGGAAGUGCGUUGUGCCUGCCGGACCACCCGUUGUGUCCAUUAUGGGCAAGAGUGGCUCCGUGUUUAACAGCGCUCGCAGGCUGGAGGUGGUGCGGAGCUGCAUUUCUUUCAUCUUUGACAACAAGACCCUGGAGACUGAAAAGACGCUGCCGGCUGCACUGCGCGCACUGAAAGGCAAGGCAGCUCGCCAGUGUCUGACUGAGGAGCUGAGUCUUCACGUACAGCAGAACCGCGCCAUACUGGACCACCAGCAGUUUGACUACACCAUUCGUAUGAUGAACUGUGCCCUCCAGGACUGCUCCAGCUCAGAGGAGUACACGGUGGCUGCUGCACUGCUGCCCCUGUCAACAGCUUUUUACAGGAAAUUGGCUGCCGGUGUGAACCAGUUUGCCUACACCUGCAUUCAGGACCAUCCCAUCUGGACCAACCAGCAGUUCUGGGAAGCCACUUUCUACAGCGAGGUCCAGAGUCAAAUCCGAGCCCUUUAUCUUAACACCCCAGAGGAGAAAGGGGGCAUCACUGCUAGGCUAAAGGAUGCGGGCAGGGUUGAGGAGCACACAGCCAUGGACCUGGCGGCAGAGCAGCUGCGUUCAUGGCCCAGCCUGAGCAAGGAGAAGCAGCUGGAGCUGGUGAAGAAUGAGGAGAGCACUGUCUUCAGCCAGGCCAUCCACUACGCCAGCCUCAUGGUUUACCUGCUAGUUCCUUUGGACACGAGCAAGAACAAGCUGCUCCGCAACACCCCUGUCGCUGACUGGGAGAGCGGCAGCAACAGCAUCGUCACAAACAGCAUUGCCGGUAGCGUCGCAGAGAGCUUUGACACAGAAAGCGGGUUUGAGGACUCGGAGAGCAGCGACGUGGCCAACUCUGUAGUGAGGUUUGUUGCCCGGUUCAUUGACAAGGUGUGCACAGAGAGCGGAGUGACCCAGGAACACAUCAAGAGCCUGCACAGCAUGAUCCCAGGCAUCGUGGCUAUGCAGAUGGAGGCUCUAGAGGCAGUUCACAGGGAGAGCAGGAGGUUACCUCCCAUUCAGAAGCCUAAGAUUCUGCGUCCAGCACUGCUUCCUGGAGAGGAGCUUGUGUCAGAGGGGUUGCGGGUUCUUUUGGACCCUGACGGCAGGGAGGAGGCCACUGGAGGCCUCCUGGGGGGCCCACACAUCCUGCCAGCAGAGGGAGCCCUGUUUCUCACCACAUACCGCAUCAUUUUCAAAGGCAUCCCCCAUGAUCCUCUGGUGGGGGAGCAGGCGGUGAUCAGAGCAUUCCCAGUGUCCACGCUGACCAAAGAGAAGAAGAUCAGCAUCCAGAGCCAGCUGCAGCAGAACAUGCAGGAAGGCCUGCAGCUCCGCUCUGCAUCAUUUCAGUUGAUAAAGGUGGCAUUUGAUGAGGAGGUGAGCUCAGAGAUGGUGGAGAUCUUCAGAAAGCACCUCCAGAGGAUCCGCUACCCACAGUCCAUCUUCAGCUCCUUUGCUUUUGCAGCAGGACAAACGGCACCUCAGCUAAUCCUUCCAAAGCAAAAAGAGAGGAACACUGGCUUCAGAACACUGUCCAAAACUAUUGUCAAGGGAGCAAAGAGGGCCGGAAAGAUCACCAUGGGCCGGGGUAGCCAGACCACACUGAAGAAGAGCGACAGAGGCAGCAGAAUGACCUGGCAUGAGGAUGAUGACAUUUCAAUAUCGGACGAUGGUGAGCCGCCACCCAGCAGCACUUUGCGAGCAUCAGAGAAGUCCACCAUGGAGCAGCUAGUGGAGCAGUCCUGUUUCCGUGACUACCAGCGCCUGGGCCUGGGCACCAUCACCGCCAGCUCAUCUCGCUCCAAGUCAGGCGAGCAGUUCAGGAUCACAGCCGUGAACAGACUCUACUCCCUCUGCCGCAGUUACCCGGGGCUGUUGGUGGUUCCUCAAGCAGUACAAGACAGCAGUUUACACAAAGUGGCACGCUGCUACAGACACAACCGUCUGCCCGUUGUGUGUUGGAAACAUCCCCGUACCAAAGCGGUGCUGCUCCGCUCAGGAGGCUUCCACGGCAAGAGUGUGGUGGGAUUGUUCAAGUCUCAGAACCCAUCCUCAACAGCCCCUGCGUCAUCCUCAGACUCAUCCAGUAGUCUUGAACAAGAGAAGUACCUACAAGCCAUCCUCAACUCCAUCCCCAUCUACUACAGAAUGAACGGAAACAACACCCUGUCCAACCGCUCCCUCAUAGGCCUCUCACCAGGCAGUGACAGGAGGACAUCCAGGAUGCCAAAGAUGGCUCCUGUCCAUUUAGACAUCCCAUUCUCAAACAGCUUUACCAGAGGAGUGCUUGAGUACAGAGAUAAACUAUUCACACACUCAAACCAAAAACCUGCCAGUAAGGAAAGAAUCCAACCUCAAGGCAUGUGGGCUAGCCUGCGUUCCAGCAGCAGACACAGCCAUCACCAACCAGCGGGAGAUGUGGGCGCCAGACUAGCAGGGAAGGAUCUGGCUCCCCCUGCAGGUAGCAACAGUCUGCAGGCUCAGCUCCUGAAACAGCAAGCUGCCCUCUACGUCUUCGGAGAAAAGUCCCACUUAAGGGGCCUCAGAGUGGACUCCUCUUUGAACUGCGAACUGGUGCCGGUGGACUUUGCAGACACGCGGCAGGCGAAAGCCUCUUUUAAAAAGCUGCUGAGAGCCUGCGCUCCCAGUGCCACCUCGUCCGACACGGAGGACUCCUUCCUCAAAGCCUUGGAGGAGUCUGAAUGGAUCCUGCAGCUUCACAAGAUCCUGCAGCUGGCAUUGAUUCUGGUGGAGCUUCUGGACAGCGGCUCAUCUGUUCUCCUCAGCUUGGAGGAUGGCUGGGACAUUACCACACAAGUGAGAAAUAUGCACAAAUACCUAUGUGGAUAA